UGCCACCUGUCAGUGUCCAUCAAUGCCAGCUCUCAGUGCUCAUCCAUGCCACCUGCCAGUGCCCAUCAGUGCCACAUCAGUGCCACAUUUCAGUGCCCAUCAGUGCCACAUCAAUGCCACAUAUCAGUGCUCAUCUGAGCUGCCUUUCAGUGUCACCCAUCAGUGCCAGUCAGUGCCGCCUAUCAGUGCCAGUCAGUACUGCCUAUCAGUGUGCAUCAGUGCCGCCUAUCAGUGUCAUCAGUGCCGCCUAUCAGUGCCACCUAUUAGUGCCGCCUAUCAGUGCCACCUAUGAGUGCUGUCUUUCAGUGCCCAUCAGUGAUGCCU